AUGUCGGCGAGCCGAACCCUGUUGUUUACUCUCCUCGUCGCCUCUUUCGCACGCGUCUCUUGCUUCCUCCCCCUCCAUCAUCUGCAGGGUCUUGUACGCGGAUCGAGGGCGACUAGAUGCCGCCAUCAGCUCCUGCUCCCUGCUGGCAUUCCGAGGCUUUCGAGCAGGGGCCAGGAGCGGGAGUUGACAGUGACGAGCAGCGACGAGGAGGAGCAGAAGGACAAGCGGGUCCUCGUCGCUGUGCUCGGAUUUGUCUCUACCCUCCUUGUGCUCAAGCUCAACCCGUCGCUGCUUGCUCUCGUACACGUGCAUGGGGAGGAUCGGUGGGGCACCUGGACGGUCUUGGCUGGAGCAGCAUGGGCUGGGAUACAGCUGGAGGACACGAAGCUGGGAAAGUCACUUUCCGGAGCAGUCUGUGCCAUGCUCAUCACCGCGUCCAUGGCGGCUGUCGGAGUGCUGCCGGAGGUCCCUUCCCCUCACGUCAGCGCACUGCAGAGCCUCGUCGUCAACCUGGCGACGCCGCUGCUGCUGCUGGGAGUGAUGCUAGUUGCCUUCGCCUUCGGCAGCCUCGGAACGCUCGUGGGAGCUACUGCCGGCUUCCUUCUGGCUCGAGGUGGCUUCUUGCGGCACAUGGGCCAGAGCGGGUGGGAGGUGGCGGCGGCGCUGACGGCAAAGAACAUCGGAGGAGGGCUCAACUUCAUGGGGGUUGUGGACGCCCUGGGCAUUGACGGGAAUUUCGUUUCUGCUGCGCUGGCAGUUGACAACGUGCUGGGGCUGCUCUACUUCCCGUUUGUGAUGUGGCUGGGUAGGAACCAUCCCGGUGACAAGGAGGCGGCGCGAGGUGGAGAGGUGGAGAGCGAGGCAGCACCAGGCGGCUCCCAACGGGCCGAGCUGACCCUCGAGACUCUCUCAGGUGCUCUCUUCAUCUCCUUCGGCAUCGCCGCUGCCUCCAACGCUCUCAACGGCAUGUUUCACCUCCCUGUCGCCUCCUCCGCUGCGGGCCUGGCAGUCCUCCUGGCGACGUUGUUCGCGCCCCAGCUGGGCAGGUUGGCGUACAGUGGGGACCUGGUGGGAAGGCAGCUGCUCUACUUUUUCUUCGCGUCGGUCGGCGCAGCAUCAGGAGGAGCAGCAAGCUCGCUCUCGAGCGGCAUGGCGUACCCGCUCGUCACCUUCGGCUUUGCCCUGUACCUCCUUCACCUAGCCAUCAUCCUGGGGGCUGGUCGGCUGCUGCGUAUCCCUCUCCCCGAUGUCCUGCUGGCGUCCAACGCCAACAUCGGGAACCCGGCGACCGCCGCCGCCAUGGCCAACGCCCGAGGAUGGAACUCGCGCGUGCUGCCGGCUAUUCUCUCCGGGACACUGGGCAACAUCAUCGGAACGGCUGCUGGGCUGCUGCUGGGGCAAGCAGUACUCCAGCCGCUUACUGCGAUGACUCCCUGA